AUGAAUUUAUUACUUGAUAUAUACAUUCAUAUAGAUAUGGAUGCAUAUUAUGCAUAAGCAGAACAAAAAUUAUUAAAAAUUCCAGAUGAUUAACCACUUUGUGCUCGAUAAUGGAAUACUUUAAUUGCUAUAAAUUAUCCUGCAAGAGCUGCAGGAAUAAAAAGAGGUAUGUUAUCAGAUGAAGCAUUAAAAUUAUGUCCAGAGGUAUUUUUACCUCAUGUUGAAACUUUUAAGAUUUCAGAUGGGAAAAUGAUUUUUUCAACUAUUCAAGAUAAAUUCACUUAGCAUAAUUAAAUCGAAGAAAAAAUAAGUCUUAGAUAUUAUAGAGAAGAAAGUAAAUUGAUUUUUGCAAUUAUUAAGAAAUUUUGUGGUCAUGUUGAAAAAGGCGGGACUGAUGAAUGUUACAUAUAAGUAAGUGAAAAUGAAUUAGAGAAAAUUGAACAGAAUGAAUUUGUUGGAAAUCUUAUGUGUAAUCUACCACAAGAUUAUAAAUUAACUGAAUAAGAUAUCUUAAUAAUGAAAGCUUCAUAAUUAUGUUAAUAAAUUAGAGAUACCAUAUAUAGUGAAACCUAAUAUAAAUGUAGUGCUGGUAUUUCAUUUAAUAAAAUGCUAUCCAAGCUUGCAUCUUCUACAAAUAAACCUAAUAAAUAAACUAUUAUCUUAGAAUGUAUGUUACCAAAUUGUAUAGCUGAAUUCAAUAUAAAAAAGAUUAGAGGAUUUGGUGGAAAAAUAAAACAUGCAUUUAUUAAGAGUGAAAUCUAAACAAUUGGUUAGGCUUAGAAAUUAACAUUAGCUUAAUUAGAAAUGUUAUUUGCAGAAAAGGCUUAAUUUGUUUUUGAUAAAUUAAGAGGUUAUGAUACUGAGGAAGUAAAGAAAGAUUCUGAAUAGAAACAUAAAUCUAUCCUAUCUCUGAAGAAUAUAAAAAAAACAUUUUCUAGAGAUACAAUUCAUCAAUCUUUAGAAUUAAUAAUCCAUGAUCUUACAAUGAGAGUAACUGAUUACUUUGAAGAUACAAAUCUUAUUCCUUCAGUUGUAGUUCUUCAUUAUCAUAAUAUUGAGAAAGGUUCUCAUUAAAAGAGUGAACCUGUAUUUUUAAGUCUUCCAAUAGAUAGUUUCAGAAUAUAAAUUGAGGAUAGAGUAAAUUCGAUUUUAAAUUCAAUUUAAGAUAGUGAUCUAUUUCCAUUAGUAUUGAUAGGAUUAAGUUGUAGAUACUUUAAGACUAUGUCUUAAGGUAUUUAAAAUCCAAUCACUAGUUAUUUUAAGAAAGUGAUUGAAAGUUAAGAAUAAGAUAAAAUAUCUAAAAUAAUAGAGGAAGUGGAAAAGGAAUUAUCUCCUUAAGAUUAUUAUAAAUGUGAAAAUUGUUAACAAGAGAUUCUAAAGACAUUAAAAGAUGAACACAAUGAUUUUCACAUAGCGGAGAAUUUGGAUAAAGAAAUGAAUCCAAAAAAAAGAAAAUAUAAAAGUUUAAAUAAUGAUAAUAAAUAAUAAAAAUAGGUAUUAACUUAAUUAAUGAAAAAAUCUUGA